AAUAGGAAACAGAGUUCUUAUUCAAGCCACUUUGUAAUGUCUCCUUCUACAAUUGAGAACUAGCUAAACAGAAUCUACGGAUGCUAAGCUAGUUGAUUACAAAAUGAUACUGAAAGCUCGAAUGCCUUAACAAGACUACAAUGGGGCUUUUAUACCCAUUGACAUGGUUACAAUGGAACUUAGUAAGAAAAGAAAAAAUUGUCCUUCACUUUCCUGCGAUUCUGCGGUUCAAACUCUCCAGACUCAUGUGGGCCUUCGUCACUUGUUUGUCCUAUACAAAGUGACUGUACUCUUGGAAGGAAUAGCAAGAAAGUUUAUGCUGCAUGCGCAAGCCAGGGCUCACACCAGGAAGAUCAAAGCCAAACCCACUUCCCUUCUUCCACUUCCUUCAUGUGGGUUUUCUCAAAUUUUCACUUUGUCUAUCUUAUUUUGUUUGAAUUUCAGUUAUUGUUUAUGGGUUCGUCUUAUUUUGCUUAAAUUUGAUUCAUUUAGAUCAGAUAAGAGUGAAAAUUUAGACUAUCUUCCGAGUUUUUAAGGGAAAUGUAGAGUUGUCUUGUUAAUUGGAUUGCUUUUUAGAAUGUUAUGGUCUUAGUUUGGAGAUAGCACUCACUUUUGAUGAAUCAUCCGAAAGAUGACAGUAAAUCUUGGUAAGUGAAAUUAGUUUUGGUUUGCGUACUCUUAAAUAAAUUUUCUCAUGGACUUUCCAAUAGAAGCUUUUUUUUAUACGGCUGUCAUGCCAUGUCAUUGAUGAAAGAAAAUCCUUACGCGGUUUGGCCUUUAUUUCACAUUUAUUUACUAUAUUUAUUAUAAUUACAAUUCAGAUAAUCUAGUGAUAUAUUUUAGCCAAACGAUGUUAUGAAAUUUUAAAAGAUAUUAUGGAGUUAAUGAAAUUAAUUUUAUUGAGUAAUUUGGCCUACCUAUAUCAUUUGGUACUUAUAGGCAUAGGUAAGAAGAUUCAUUUUUUAUUUUGUUUUAUAGAGGUUUGUAUUGAGAUUGACAUUGCUCGGGGAUUCUUCAUUACGCUUGAGCAACAAUAUUAAUUGGAGCUAUGAUUGCACCAAUUGUAGUGGCAUUGGCGGUGGGUUUUCUGGGGUGGGCUUUUCAGGCAUUGAAGCCUCCACCUCCCAAAAUAUGUGGAUCACCAGGUGGUCCUCCUAUCACUUCACCUAGGGUGAAACUCAAUGAUGGAAGGCAUUUGGCCUACAGGGAGGCUGGAGUUCCAAAGGAAGAAGCUAAGUACAAGAUCAUUGUUGUUCAUGGCAUUAACAGCUCAAAAGAUCUGAGUCUACCUAUUCCACAAGAACUUAUAGAGGAGCUAAAGAUAUAUCUCCUGUUCUUCGACAGAGCAGGUUAUGGAGAGAGUGAUCCAUAUCCUUCUCGCUCAGUGAAGAGUGAAGCAUUUGAUAUUCAAGAACUAGCUGAUCAAUUGCAGCUUGGGUCUAAAUUUUAUGUAUUUGGACUCUCAUUGGGAGCUUACCCUAUUUGGAGUUGCCUGAAGUACAUACCACAUAGGUUGUCAGGAGCUUCCUUGGUUGCUCCUUUUUUGAACUUCUGGUGGCCUAUUUUUCCAGCCAAUCUAUCAAGAGAGGCAUUUAGGAGACUGCCUUCAUCGUACCGAAGGACACUUCAGAUUGCACAUUACACUCCUUUGCUAUUCUAUUGGUGGAUGACUCAGACAUGGUUCCCUUCAUUGACCACGGAUGAAGGAGCAAUGUUCGGCGACCAAGAUUUAGAGAUCGUGAAGAGUUUGUUAGAGGCUCCAAGUGUAGGCCAGGAAAAGAUAAAACAGCAAGGUGUUUAUGAAUCACUGCAUCGAGAUAUAUUGGCUGGUUAUGGCAAAUGGGAAUUUGAUCUCUUGGACAUAAACAAUCCGUUCCCUGACAAUGACGGUGCAGUUCACAUUUGGCAGGGCUAUGCAGACAGGAUCGUUCCUUUUAAGCUCACCCGUUAUAUUUCAGAGAAGCUUCCAUGGAUUCGUUAUCACGAGGUUCCUGAUGGAGGGCAUCUGAUGUUCUUCAAAAGUGAAACAUGUGAAGCCAUUUUAAGGGCACUUUUGCUUGGAUAAACUUCUCUUUUUGAGGCAAACUACUAUGGUAUCUCACUAAAAAUAAACUCUUUGAUGUUUCCUGCUUUUGUAUUGCUUCUAUACUGCUAUGGUGGUAAUGUAAAUGGAGAAACU